AGAAACAACUCUUAAUAUACUCCCUGGAAGCAGCCCAACAUAUACUUUGUUAAAAAAAAAAACAAGGUAUCACAAUGGCAGGGCAACUAAAACUUCCAGAAAACACAGAAGACUGGACAAAAGAAGAUGUAAAUAGAUGGUUAGAGAGUCAUAAGAUUGACAAAAAACACAGGGACAUUUUAGUUGAGCAAGAUGUGAGUGGAGCAACCUUGAGAUGGUUAAAUAAAAGCCAUCUUGUUGAGAUGGGCAUAACACAAGGCCCUGCUAUCCAAAUAGUGGGUCUAUUCAAAGAAUUACAGGAAAAAUCUUCUGAAAAUCCUAUUGAGACAUCCAGCAUGGAGAAAAGCAGUAAAAAUGUUCCUAAAAAGCAAAAGGAAAACAGAAAGAAUUCAAAACAAAGACAGAUGGACAAAGAGAUCUCAGAUAUAGCAAAAAAGUCUGAAUCACCAAACAAUGAGCUCAUGGAUAAUCAACCAGAUGAUGUGAGACAACCAACAUGUACCCCCUAUCCUUUUAAUACAUUCAGCGAUCCAUAUCGUUAUAAAUUACAUUUCAUUCUGCAGCCCGAAACAGGACCGCAAAAUCUUAUUGAUCCAGCACAUGAGUUCAAAGCCCUGACAAAUACAGAAACAGGCACAGAGGAGGAUACUAAGAUGAAAUUCAGCAAUGAGACUUUCCGUUUUGCUUCAGCAUGUAUGAAUUCACGUACCAAUGGCACUAUUCAUUUUGGAGUUAAAGACAAACCCCAUGGAGAAAUUGUUGGCGUGAAAGUCACCAGUGUUACCAAAGAAGCCUUAAUCAACCACUUCAACUGCAUGAUCCAUGAGUACUUUGAAGCACAUCAGGUCCAACAAGCAAAGAAAUGCAUCCGAGAGCCAAGGUUUGUAGAAGUUUUGUUGCCAAAUAGUGCUGUAUCUGACAGAUUCGUUGUUGAGGUGGAUGUUGUUCCCCAAUACUCUGAAUGUAAAUAUGACUAUUUCCAAGUCAAAAUGCAAAACUACAGCAACAAAACAUGGCAACAAAGUUCAAAAUUCUCACUCUUUGUGCGAGAUGGGCCCAACACUAAGAACAUCAUAAAAAAUCAAGUUGAGUUUAAAACUUUCCAAUUAGAUUUAAAAGCAGUGGCCACAGCUAGGAAAGAAGCAGAAGAAAAAUGCAAACAAAAAGCAAAGAAAAACAAUAGUGAGGGAUCAAAGCUGGUUACCCUGUUGACAGGAAAUCAAGAUUUAUUAGAUAAUUCAUACUAUGACUGGUACAUUCUUGUGACAAACAAAUGCCAUCCAGAUCAAACAAUACACUUAGAUUUCCUGAAGGAAAUCAAAUGGUUUGCUGUACUAGAGUUUGAUUCUGAAUCGAAAACAAAAGGAGUUCUCAAAGCUUUCAAAGAAAGCCGAGCAGCAAGCCUACACUCUCCAAGUCAAUUUGUAGAAGAGAAAACCACAACAAAUGAGAAGAUUUCUAGUCUGAAUCUUUACCAGAAACCCAGCUGGAUUUUCUGCAAUGGCAGGUCAGACCUUGAAAGUGAAAAAUAUGAACCCUUAGAUCCAGUUUCCUGGCAGAAAGAAAGAGCUUCUGAAGUCAGGAAACUAAUUUCAUUUCUUACACAUGAAGACAUAAUGCCAAGAGGGAAGUUUUUGGUGGUAUUUUUAUUGCUGUCCUCUGUGGAUGAUCCCAGGGACCCUCUCAUUGAGACUUUCUGCGCCUUCUACCAAGAUCUCAAAGGGAUGGAAAAUAUGUUGUGUAUUUGUGUACAAUCGAACAUAUGUCAGGGAUGGAGAGACUUACUUGAGGCACGAUUAACAAAUAAACAAGAUGAACUAUCAGAAAAGUGUAUUUCUGCUUUAAAUCUUGAACAGAUAAAUGGAACUAUCCUUAAGCUAAAAUCUGUAACUCAGUCUUCAGAGAGACUUUUGCCAUCUAUUUCUUCGUCUACUGUCCUUCUGAAAAAGGAAGAAGAUAUGACUGCUCUGGAAAUUCUCUGUGUGAAUGAAUGUGAAGGUACACUAUUACACAAAGACAAAAAUAAAUUACUGGAGUUCAAGGCAUCAAAAGAGGAAGACUUCUAUCGAGGUGGCAAAGUAUCAUGGUGGAACUUCUACUUUUCUGAAUACUAUUCUUCACCUUUUGUCAAAAGAGACAAAUAUGAGAAACUGGAGGAAAUGAUUCAAAGCUCUGCAGAAUCAUCUAAACCAACAUGUGCCAAAAUUAUUCAUUUGUAUCAUCAUCCAGGCUGUGGGGGGACCACGCUGGCCAUGCACAUUCUCUGGGAACUAAGGAAGAAAUUCAGAUGUGCUGUACUGAAAAACAAGACGUUGGAUUUUUUUGAAAUCGGAGAGCAGGUGGUUGAUUUAAUCACUUAUGGGGCAACAACAAACCACCAAGAAUACUUACCUGUACUGCUCCUUGUUGACGAUUUUGAAGAACAAGAUAAUGUCUACCUUCUGCAGAGUGCCAUCCAUAAGGCUGUAGCUCAAAAAUACAUUCGAUACGAAAAACCUCUAGUGAUCAUCCUAAAUUGCACAAGAUCACAAAAUCCUGAAAAAAGUGCAAAGAUCCCAGAUAGUAUUGCCCUAAAACAAAAAUUGUCUCUCAAAGAACAGACAGCUUUUGAGCUUAAAUUGAAAGAAAUUAAAACACAGCAUAAAAACUUUGAAGAUUUUUAUUCCUUUAUGAUCAUGAAAACAAAUUUUAACAAAGAGUACAUUGAAAAGGUGGUCAGGAACAUUCUGAAAGGGCAGAAUAAGUCCACCAAGGAAGCAAAGCUCUUUUCUUUUCUGGCUCUUCUUAAUUCCUAUGUGCCUGGUACCACCAUUUCCCUGUCACAGUGUGAGAAGUACUUAGGAAUUGCAAACAAGAAAGCCUUCUGGGGAACAGAAAAGCUUGAAGACAAGAUGGGCACCUACUCCACAAUUCUAAUAAAAACAGAGGUGGUAGAAUGUGGAACCUACUGUGGAGUGCGCAUCACUCACCCUCUGAUUGCAAUGCUCUCUCUGGAAGAACUGAAAAAAAGCUAUGACUUAGACAAAAGUCAAAUUAUGCUGGAUAUGCUAAUGGAAAAUUUGUUCUAUGAUACUGGCUUAGGAAGAAGCAAAUUUUUCCAAGAUAUGGAGACACUACUGCUCACAAGACAGCGGAAUGAACAUGAAGGUGAAACAGGAACCUGGUUUUCCCCACUCAUUGAAGCACUACAUAAAGAUGAAGGAAAUGAGGCAGUUAAAGAUGUGUUAUGCCAAGGUAUUGAGAGGUUCAAACCAAAUGCAUUCAUUUGCCAAGCCUUGGCAAGACAUUUCUACAUUAGAGAGAAAGACUUUAGCAAUGCACUUUGUUGGGCAAAAGAAGCAAAAAAGAUAGAACCUGACAAUUCUUAUAUCUCAGACACACUAGGUCAAGUAUACAAAAGUAAAAUACGAUGGUGGAUAGAAGAUACUGAAAGAAGCAGGGGCAUUUCAGUUGAUGACUUAACCAAUCUUUUGGAUUUAGCAGAGCAUGCCUCAGAUGCAUUCAAAGAAUGUCAACGACAAAGUGAAGAUAGACAGUAUGAAGUGAAGGAAAGAAUGGGUCAGAAGUCCAAAAGAAAGUAUGACACUUACAACAUAUCUGGCUACCAAGGGGAGAUAGAAGUGGGGCUCUACGCAAUCCAGAUUCUCCAGAUGAUUCCUUUUUUUGAUAAACAAAACGAACUAUCUAGAAGAGCUAUGAUCAACUUUAUAUCAGGAAGUAGUGAUAUUCCAGGCGAUAUAAAUGAAUUUAAGACGGCCCUCAUGAAUUUUAUUCCUUAUCUUACUACUUUGCAAUCUUCUUUAAAAAACUGCUUUGAUUUUUUUGAUGAUUAUUUUGUCCUUCUAAAACCCAGGAACAACAUUAAGCAAAAUGAAGAGGCCAAAACUCGAAAAAAGGUUGCUGCAUAUUUUAAAAAAUAUAUAGAUAUAUUUGGUCUCUCAGAAGAAUCACAAAACAGAGAUCCUUACUCAAAGCUCAGUUUGUCACUUCAAGUAGAAAGGAAUCGGAAAAGCCUAGAAGCUUUAAAAGCAGACAAGUUUUCUGGGCUUUUAGAAUAUCUCAUCAAAAGUCAAGAAAAUGUGGCAAGCGACAUGGAAAACAUAGUGAACACAUACAUUUUUCUCUUUGAACAAAGCUUUGUUAGAAUGCAGCUAAGGGAAAAGGAAAAUUUCAUCUUGGCCAAUAUCAUUCUCUCAUGUAUUAAGCCUACCUCCAAAUUAGUGAAGCCAAUUAAAAAACUGAAAGAACAGCUUCGAGACAUCUUACAACAAGUAGGACUGAACUACAGAUUUUCAGAACCUUAUUUCCUAGCUUCACUCUUAUUCUGGCCAGAAAACCAACAACUAGAUCAAGAUUCUAAACAAAUGGAAAAAUAUGCUCAAUCACUGGAAAAGGCUUUCAAGGGGCAAUAUAAACACAUGCAUCGAACAAAGCAACCAAUUGCAUAUUUCUUUCUUGGAAAAGGUACCAAUAUGAACAGACUUGUCCACAAAGGAAAAAUUGAUCAAUGCUUUGGAAAGAUGCCUGAUAUUAACUCCGUGUGGCAAAGUGAAGAAGUAUGGAAGGAGAAAAAUGUCCAAGAACUUUUGCUUCGCUUACAGGGGCGAGCUGAAAACAAUAAUUUAUUCAUAGAGUAUGGAAUCACUGAAAAAAUCGUAAUUCCCAUCACACCUGCUUUCUUAGGCCAACUUAGAAGUGGCAGAAGCAUAGAAAAGGUGUCUUUUUAUCUGGGAUUUUCCAUUGGAGGUCCUCUUGCUUAUGACAUUGAAAUUGUGUAAGAGCCUGGUCUUCCUCCAGGACUGUGCUUUCAGUACCACUUGCUUUUGCUUUUCUUUUUGUGUUUAAAUCAAAAACACACAUUUUAAAAUGAAAA